AUGUCGAGCAUGCGAGGCUUUGCUCCGGUGCUUACAGCGUCGUUGCUCGUCGGCGUCCUUGUCGCCUGCGUCGUCCCUGCAUGGUCCACCGCCGUGGUGGGCGUGUGCUACGGCAUCAUAGGCAACAACCUCCCUCCUCCGCGCGAAGUGGUGCAGCUCUACCGCACCUACAACAUCUACCGCAUGCGUGUCUACUCCGUCGAGCACGCCACCCUCGACGCCCUCCGCAACACCCAGGUCGAGGUCACGCUCGGCACCACCGCCGACGAGGUCGCCUUCCUCGCCGCCAGCGCCUCCAACGCCGCCUCCUGGGUCCAGACCAACGUGAAGCCCUACUACCCCGAGGUGAGAAUCAGGUACAUCGUCGUCGGAAACGAGCUCACGGGCGGUGCCGCGCAGAACAUCGUUCCCGCCAUGCGCAACCUCAUCAACACCCUUGGCCCUGCGGGUAUUGCCAUCAGGGUGUCCACGGCCGUGGGGAUGGACGUGGUCGCCAACUCCUUCCCGCCGUCCAGCGCCGUGUUCUCGCAGCCCCACAUGGCGGAAGUGGCGCGGUUCCUGGAGAGCACCAACGCGCCGCUGCUCAUCAACGUGCAGCCCUACUUCGCGUACCAGGGGAACCCUGACAAAAUCAACCUCAGUUACGCCCUGUUCCGGCCCGGCGCGCCGCCGGUGACGGACAGCGGGAAUGGGCUAGUGUACACCAACCUGUUCGAUGCCAUGGUGGACGCGAUGUAUGCCGCGCUGGAGAAGGCCGGGGCGCCGGAGGCGUGGGUGGUGGUGUCUGAGAGCGGGUGGCCGUCGGCGGGAGGGGUGGGAGCCACAGUGGAGAACGCGAGGGCCUACAACCAGGGGCUUAUCGACCAUGUGGCUUACGGUAAGGGUACGUUCGAGAAGCCUGGGCCUUUCGGUACUCCGAAGAAGUCUUGGUCGACGGGGGUGCCGCUGGAGGUGUAUGUCUCCUCCAUCUUCAACGAGAACCAGAAGCAUGGAGAAGAGACGCAGAGGAACUUUGGGCUCUUCCACCCUACUACGAACAAAUUGCCGGUGUACCCCAUCAAUUUUGCAGGAACACUGCCACAUAUAUAA